CGGAAGGUGACCGGCAUCAUGGCGGCCACGCCGCUGCUGAGGGACCGUCUGAACUUCCUGCACCGGCUCCCAGUUCUCCUGAAGGGGACGUCAGAUGACGACGUGCCGUGCCCAGGCUACCUGUUUGAGGAGAUCGCCAAAAUCUCCCACGAGUCCCCGGGCAGCAGCCAGUGCCUGCUGGAGUACCUCCUGAGCCGUCUGCAGAGCGGCUCAGGGCGCGUGAAGCUCAAGGUGCUGAAGAUCAUGCUCCAUCUGUGCAGUCACGGCUCCUCCUCCUUCCUGCUCAUCCUGAAGCGCAACCCCGCCUUCAUCCAGGAGGCCUCAGUGUUCACGGGUCCCCCGGACCCGCUCCACGGGAACAGCUUAUACCAGAAAGUGCGGGCAGCCGCCCAGGACUUGGGGAGCGCCCUGUUCUCGGACACGCCGGCCCCCUCUCCUCCCUCCCAGCCUCCCAGGGCCCUGCCUCCCACAGGCAUGGGAGCCCAGUCCAGGCCCCUGAGCGCCCUCCAGGGCUUCGGCUACAGCAAGGACCAGGGCCACAGUGGCUCUGCGGGAGAAGCCUUCCUCUCCACCAUCCAGAAGGCCGCAGAGGUGGUGGCCAACGCCGUGUGCCCUGGUCCUGAGAGCCCUGGCACCCAGGGGCCCCCGCCACAGGGUGAUGCCUACCAACCCGCUACGCCACCUUCAGCCGGCCACGGCCCGCUCACUCCCGGGGACGCGCUCCUGGCGGCCCGAGCUGUGAGACACCGGCCCGGACAGGCCGGUGGGGGCUGGGAUGAGCAAGGCGGCAGCCCCAGCUCUCAGAGCUCCUCCCAGGAGAGCGGCCGCAGCAAGGCCUCGGACUCAGGCAGUCGGUCAGGCAGCGACAGCCCCUCGGGAGCCAGCCGGGCGCCCAGUGACCUGGCCGAGAGGGUCGAGGCUGUGACCCUGAGUGACUGCCAGCAGGAGCUGAGGCUGGUCCAGAUGGUGACACAGGGGCCACGGGCUUUCCUGAGCCAAGAGGAAGCACAGCGCUUCGUCAAAGAGUGUGGGCUGCUCAACUGUGAGGCCGUGCUGGAGCUGCUGACCCGCCGCCUGGCCGGGACCAGUGAGCGCGUGCAGAUGAGAGCCCUGAGCGCCAUCGCCUCCCUGGGGCGCACGGACCUGCUGCCCCAGGAGCACAUCCUGCUUCUCGCUCGGCCCAGCCUGCAGGAGCUCAGCUCAGGCUGCCCGGGGCCCGUGACCGACAAGGCCGCCAAGAUCCUGAGGCAUUUCGAAGUCUCCUGCCGCCAGCACUGCCCUGCACGGAGGCCCGUGUUCGAGCCGGGCCCCGAAGCCGCCCAUGUGGGCCCGUCGGACCUGCUGGCUGAUGCUGUGCCUUUCUCGGGGGGCCAGACAUUUCUCCAGCCUCUGGCUUCAACCCUGUUGUGCCCCAAGGGCCCCACAGCCUCUCCCCCCCUGGACGAGGGCCCCCUCCCAGCCCUGGGGGACACCACAGAGGUCCGGACCGGACUGUCAGGUUCCGAACGCCGCGAGCCCGGAUCUGAGCGGGGCUCAGCACACACAGACGCCCCACUUGGAGGACCAGGGCUCGGCCCAGGCCCCAGCGGCUGCCUGUGGGGCCCUGUGGCCAGUGACAGCCACAGCUCCUUGUUUGCUGGCAUGGAGCUGGUGGCCUAUCCCCGCCUGGUGGCGUCAGGGACCCCCGGGGAGGAGCCCCCCUGUCCGCCGUGGACACUGUCGCCGAGGGCAGCAGCCGAAGGGCGUCCUGGCUCAGAGCUGUCAGCGUUUGCAUUCUUAAACUCGUGAGCUUGUGGGCCUCGGCCGCAUGUGGGGUGUCCCUGUCCUGUGACUCCCAGGACCCCAUGAUUCCACCCUGUCCCCCUGUGCUCAGCCCCGGGUGUCUGUGGUUGGCCUCUUCCCCUGUCUUUGCAAGGCCCGGGUGCAGGGAGCUGCCCAGCCUGGGGAGCUCAGCGUGGACGCACCAUCCUGGAACGCAAGCAGGAGCCCAUGGGCUGGCCGGAGCCACCAUAGCCCCUCGGAGGCGUGGUGGCGGGGGGGCAGCUCACAGGGAGGGCAGGAUGCACAGAGCCCGGCGGCUCAGGGCGGGACUGGGAGCUGAGCUCUGGCUCAGAGCGGCGGCUGUGCGCCCUGGGCUGCUGGCUUCCUGCCCCACAGCCUUCUGGUCUCGUGACAUGAGCACACAGCCUGUGCGGCCCCGUCUGCAAACACCAUCAGGCCCCUCAGGGGCAGAGGGCACCCCGUGGCCUCCCUAGGGGGACAGGACAGGAGGGGAGGCCUGAUGAUGGGGCUUGGAGGCUGACCCAUGCUGAGCCACCCCAAGUCCACAGGGCACAGGCUGGCCCCAGCUCCUGCCUGGGGUGUGUGUAUGGGGGGCCCAUCUGCACAACAAGCUCAGACUGGCACUGGCCCUGCUGCCGCCGUCUGGGUGGGGACCCAGAGGGGAAGGCCCUGGGGCUACCUCAGCCCCCCAACCCCCCAGGGGCUGGCUGUUUGGCCUCGGCAGUGGCGGGCCCCCAGGGUCCCUGGAGGAAACCCCCGCCGGCCUUGCCCUGGGGACAUGGAAACUGGGGGCUUGGGGGGAUUCGGAGCCACUGCCUGGAUCCUUGGUUUUGAGCUGAGAACCUCCCUCUGCAGAGUGGCCCUGGGCAGCCACCCGGUGGGGUCUGGCCCAGGGCCGUUUCCGUGGGUGACGCACGGCAGCUCCCUGUGUGGGGACUGACUGCGUGGGGCAGGCAGCGCAGGGCAGCCUCGAAGCCAAGCCGCUCCCGCUUCCUGAAUAAACCUUGUCCCCCAGA